AUGACCAUUCACCCGACAACGACCGCUGACCCUACUGGAACAGCCUUCGAAAAGAAAGAUCAACUUCUUAUAACAACCCAAUCAUUAUGCCAAGAUCAAACCCAGUGCAAACGAGAUGAACUAGAGAGCCAAAAGGAACUGGCAGAUGCAGCGAAGAAAGUGCUGCAGCACAUUGGAGAAGAUCCGGACCGGGAGGGACUCAUCAAGACCCCCGAUCGAUACGCCAAAGCCCUUCUCUUCUUCACCAAGGGGUAUUCGGACGAUAUCAAUGAAGUGGUCAACAACGCCGUAUUCGAGGUCGACCACCACGAUCUGGUCCUCGUCAGAGACAUCGACAUCUUCAGCAUGUGUGAACACCACAUGGUGCCAUUCAUGGGCAAGAUCCAUAUUGGAUAUAUCCCUAACGGCCGUGUGCUGGGACUAUCAAAACUCGCGCGUAUCGCAGAGGUCUUUGCGCGCAGGCUGCAGGUUCAAGAGCGUCUCACGCAGCAGGUGGCCGAGGCGAUUGACCAAGUCCUUCAGCCAAAGGGGGUAGCAGUCGUCGUGGAAUGUGCACAUAUGUGCAUGGUGAUGAGGGGGGUUCAAAAGGCUGGGGCAAUCACGGUUACUUGCCGGAUGACUGGCAUGUUGCAGGAUGACCACAAGGCAAGAGAACAGUUCUACACAUUACUCGGUUUAGGGCAGAAGUAA